GAUGGCUCGGCCGCGCGUGCGGCUGGUGGUCACUGCGGACGACUUUGGUUACUGCCCGCGGCGGGAUGAGGGCAUUGUAGAGGCCUUCUUGGCCGGCGCUGUGACCAGCGUGUCCCUGCUGGUCAACGGCGCGACGGCGGAGAGCGCUGCGGAACUGGCCCGCAGGCACCAAAUCCCCACGGGACUCCACGCCAACCUAUCCGAGGGCCGCCCCAUUGGCCCGGCCUGCCACGGUGUCUCGUCGUUGCUCAGCCCCGAAGGCUUCUUCCUGGGCAAGAUGGGAUUCCGGGAGGCGGUGGCAGCCGAAGAUGUGUCCUUCUCCGAGGUGCGGGAAGAGCUGGAGGCCCAGCUGAGUCGCUUCCAGGAAUUACUGGGUAGGAACCCUACUCACGUGGACGGGCACCAGCACGUGCACGUGAUCCCAGGCGUGUGCCAGGUAUUCGCAGAGGCGCUGCAGGCUUACAGGGUGCGCUUCACACGGCUGCCGCUGGAGCGCGGAUUGGGCGACUGUACGUGGCUCGAGGCCCCCGCGCGCGCCUUUGCGUGUUCGGUGGAGCGUGACGCCCGGGCCGCUGUGGGCCCCUUCUCCCGCAGCGGCCUAAGGUGGACCGAUGCCUUCGUGGGCCUGAGCACCUGCGGCCGGCACAUGUCCGCUCAGCGCGUGUCAGGGGCAUUGGCUCGGGCCCUGGAAGGUACCCCCACGGGCCACUCCCUGACAGCCGAACUGAUGGCCCACCCAGGCUACCCCAGUGUGCCUCCCGCUGGAGGCUGCGGUGAGGGUCCUGAUGCCUUUUCCUGCUCUUGGGAGCGGCUGCAUGAGCUGCGUGUCCUCACCGAGCCCACACUGAAAGCCCAGCUUGCCCAGGAUGGGGUGCAGCUUUGUGCCCUCCAUGACCUAGAUUCCAAGAGACCCGGGGAAGUGGUCCCUAGCGAAGCCACUCUGGAAACCCUGGAGUCCUCCCAACCCUGACCCUGACAGCCAAGAACACCUUAGUGGUCAGAAAGGGGGUAAGGGUUGAGCUUUGGCACAGUCCACAAUCCAGCCCUAGAGUGAGUUCUGUGACUUCCCUGAGCAGAAUAAUGCCACCUCUUUGCCCAGGUCCUCAUGCCUCAGAGUGACAGCCAGAGCUUCAGCAAGCCCUUCUUGGCUGCAGGUGGGUCAGCCUGUGACAUCUUGGCCUGGGGCCUGCCAAGAGUUUUGUGCUCUUCAUGUUUUUAUGUAAGCAUCUUCUUUAUUUAGUGGGGGAGAUCACUGUAUUAAUAAAAUAAUAUCUUGUAAAUUUGAAUGAUUUAUAAACCGUGCCCAGAAACCUUCACAGACACACAGACAGACAAAA